UCUUUUGUGCACAGCGCGCCGCGGGCUGAUAUCUCUGCGCUCUGCCCAGCUGUCACCUCCGGCAUUGGUCCACCAAGCAGACACACGUAGGCACGUAUCCGACCAACCCCCUUUUUCCUCCGGCAGACUACAGAGCUGAGGAGCGGCGGGACAGCAUAGGAAGGCAGGCAGCGACGAUCCGCUGCUGCAGCAGCUUUGACCCGGACGAUCAGGAAUCAAAACUUACAAGCAGGUGUGUCUUCCUGAGUCCUCCUCACUGUGUGCAGCAGCACCAUGGCAGCUAUGGGACCAGAGAACGGUGCUGGAACGGCAGCAGGCGGGACGGCGGCCUUCCGUGUGAGACCGCAGGACGGCACGUCAGCAACGGCGCUUAGCAGCAAGGAGUUUGCUUCACAGCAGAUUCUGGUGCACACUCAGGGCUGCGUUCCGCCAGACCAUCACAGGGCCAAGAACGCAGGCUGGGGGAACUUUGCUGCUCCCCUGCAGAACGUGGGAGCCGUCACUCACCCCAGCAAUAUGCCAGCCAGAGGAGACGCUCCAUACAGCUUCCGGAGCCCAGAGUCUGUGGAGAUGGACGAGAUAAUGGCUGCCAUGGUUCUUACCAGUUUGUCCUGUAGCCCGGUGGUGCAGAGCCCUCCACAGACAGAUCCUGGUCCAGCUGGAUCGUCCUCAUCCGUCGACAUGGAGAGCGGCGGCGGCGAAUUGUCUGACAGCGGCAGCAGCGGCUACUGGAGCUGGGACCAUGGCAGCGUGAGCCCCGCCCCCUCGCCGUCUGUCACCGAGGUGGACAGCAGCCCAGAUGAAGGUCUGCACAUGGAGCUGGAACAGGGCGGGGAGCUCACUGCCAAAAAGCCAAAGAGCGCUCUGCGAAGUGUCUAUAAGUGUCUAUGGCCCAGCUGUGGGAAAGUGCUAACGUCUUCUGUUGGAAUAAAAAGACACAUCCGUGUCAUGCACCUGGGCAGUGGAUCAGAUCAGUCCCAGAGAGAGGAGGACUUCUACUACACCAAGAUCUGCUGUGAGACCGUGGAGGCCAGUCCUGCACCUGCUCCCGCCCAGCAGACUCCAGGCCAGCUCUCUCCUGCUUUUCUUGGCUGGGCUUCGUGUGGUUCUCCUUCAGGAUCGGACCUCCAGAUCCCUGUUGCUCACAGGCCCCGGUCCAACUCCAGCUCUUUGCCAGGUCCGAGCCGGCCCUGUCCACUCAGCCAGUCGGCACCCAGCAGCUUCUGGCAGAUCCACACUGAGCAUCUCUAUCAGGCCUGCAGCCCUGUCCAGGUAUCUGUGGCCCCCAGAAGCCCAUGCAGCCAGGGUUGGACCCCCGCAGCCUCAGCAUCCGGCCACAGUAACACUCCAAUGGUAAAGCCUCGCUGUCGCUCUGUCAGUGUCGGGGAACAGUGGCUACAGCAGAACAGGCUGCAGCCAAUGAGUGCGUCUCCCUCCCGCACCCACUGCUCCUUCAGGAAAGGCCGCGGAGAGGCCAAGAAGUGCCGCAAGGUAUACGGAGUGGAGCGCAAGGACCAGUGGUGCACCGCCUGCCGCUGGAAAAAGGCCUGCCAGCGCUUCCCUGACUAGCUUCCACCGAGUGACAGAGACAGAGAGCAAGGCGGAAUGACGGAUGAGUGUGAACAGAGACUUUUAUCAAAAGAGAAGACCAGAAUAUAAAUCAGGGCGUGAAAGCCUUUGAGAAAAAGCUAAUUCCUUGUGUUUUAUUUCUACUUUUUGUUUUGUUUCCUAAAAGGAAUGCAGAUGGACUUUUGUGUAUCUUUGUAUCCUGAUCCUGAAAACUGAAGUUUGCGAUGAUGCUGUUGACUGACUUUGACCAUGUGAUGUAAUAAGCCCUCUUUUCCUUUUAUAUCCAAAGGUCAUAUCGCUGCCCCCUGUAGCUCCACUGAACCCUCAAACUGCUACCUUUCCUUUCUUCCAGUCUAUUCUCUUCCAGUGGUUACACAGUGGUUAUGAUGUACGUUAUAUUGUGUGCUCUGAUUUCCGUACGAACAUUUUAUACCUUUUUUUUUGUUGUUUUUCUAUCGUGUCGUUCAGCCUGUGUAAUGGGGCUCGACUGAUGUUGUUUUUUUAAAUGUUUUUUGGCACUUUGUUGGGAUAUUGACUCACAAGAAUAAGCUAAUUUUGGUUCGACUCAACCAAGUUCCUUCCAUGAAGCUGAUUUCCUUCCUGCCCGCACGUCGGCGCACAACCAGUGUUAAUGGUUUUAUCCGUGAAGGUAUGUUUGGAGUCAUGAGAGUGGGGAUAGCAGGGGAAUGAGUUUGUACUAGAGGAAAAUAUAUUGUCCAACACAAUAAAAAGCACUGAGAAUUUC